AUGCGACUGUAUGUGCUUAUUUAUGUCGAUGAUCUACUGAUUGGGGGAACUGAUCCAGCUGCGAUUUCUAAAUUCAAGGGUUACCUUCACACAUGUUUUCAUAUGAAGGACUUGGGAAGAUUGAAGUACUUUCUUGGGAUCGAGGUCGCACGAUCACCUGAGGGAAUCUAUUUAUCGCAAAGGAAGUACACAUUGGACAUUGUGAAGGAGUGUGGGUUAUUGGGGUGCAAGCCGGUGUCUACGCCGAUGGAACAGAAUCAUAACCUUCCAAAGGAUGACAGCGAGUUUUUUCAUGAUCCGGAACGGUAUAGAAGGCUGGUUGGCCGACUUGUUUACCUUACUCAUACACGUCCUGAGCUGUCGUAUGCCGUGCAUAUGCUUGCACAGUUCAUGCAACAGCCACGCAAGAGGCAGUGGGACGCAGCUAUACGAGUGGUGCGGUACUUAAAGGGGUGUCCAGGUCAGGGAGUUCUUUUAAGCUCCAAGUCUGAUUUGCAGAUUACGGCGUACUGCGAUUCGGAUUGGGCUACAUGUCCGAUGACACGAAGAUCGUUGACAGGGUUUGUUGUGAUGCUUGGAGACUCUCCGGUAGCAUGGAAGACGAAGAAGCAAGAAACUGUGUCGUGUUCCUCGACGGAAGCCGAAUACAGAGCAAUGAGUUUCACUACUCGUGAGUUGAAAUGGAACCGUGCUAUUCUCUCCAGCUUAGGCAUCUCGCAUACGCAGGCAAUGCACCUACAUUGUGAUAGUAAAUCGGCUCUGCAUAUUGCGGCAAAUCCCGUAUUUCAUGAACGGAUAAAACAUUUAGAAAAUGAUUGUCAUUUUCUCCGGGAUGAAAUACAAAAUGGUUCGUUAACUACUUCUCAUAUCAGUACAACUGAGCAGCUAGCAGAUAUUUUCACAAAGGCGUUGGGCUCUUCACAGCUUAUGUAUCUGCGACGCAAGUUGGGCAUUUGCGAUCUUCAUGCUCCAACUUGA